UUCAAAAGCAAUUAGUUCCCACGUAGAAAUAUUAGGAUAUUUUGACAAAAACAAAUUAAAAAUAUAUGAUGGCUCAAAAAUUAACAUGCGCACUUGUUCUCCUUGUCGUCGCCCUCAUCGCCACAAACAAUAUCGUCAAUGCAGACGACAACGUGCAAAUACCUUACCAGAAAGGGCAGCUAAACAGCUGGUUCAACGGCAACGUUCGACCUCUCUCCGCGAGCAAGGGGUUGGACCCUGCUUUGGUGGCGGCGGAGACUGGCCCCGCAAAAGUCGUAAAGGUGGCGAAAGACGGGAGCGGCGAUUUCAAGACGGUUCAAGAAGCCAUCAAUAGCGUUCCCUCAGGCAACUCUAAGCGGGUGAUCAUCUAUGUUGGAGGAGGUGAGUACCAUGAGAAAGUAACAAUUGACCGAAGCAAGCCAUUUAUCACUCUCUAUGGCUCGCCAACCAACAUGCCAACAAUUUCCUACGCCGGCACUGCCGCACAAUACGGCACGGUUGAUAGCGCCACCUUGAUCGUCGGUUCGGACUACUUUGUGGGAGUAAAUCUUAUAAUCAAGAAUUCUGCCCCAAGGCCGGAUGGGAUAAGAAAGGGGGCGCAAGCAGUGGCAUUGAGGGCAUCCGGAAACAAGGCGACAUUUUAUAAGUGCAAAUUGUUAGGGUUCCAAGACACACUUUGUGAUGACAGAGGAUUCCAUCUCUUCAAGGAUUGCUACAUUGAGGGAACUGUGGAUUUCAUCUUCGGAAGUGGGACUUCUCUCUAUCUCAACACAGAAUUGCACGUCAUUAGUGAUCCCACGAUGGAGUCGGUGAUCACGGCGCAGGCGAGGCAAUCCGCCGACGGCACCGGAUUCUCGUUUGUGCAUUGUACCAUAACGGGCAAUGCCAAAGAUGCCGUCUUGGGCAGGGCUUGGAUGCCUAAUGCCAAAGUUAUUUUCGCCUACACCAACCUUGGUGGUGUCAUUAGCCCUCAGGGAUGGUCUGACAAUAUGCACCCUGAACGUGACAACACCGUUUUUUUCGGAGAGUACCAAAACACUGGGGCAAGUGCGAAUGACGAUGGCAGAGUGGAUUUCGUCAAGACGCUAAACGAUGCACAAGCGAAGCCCUAUCUCACCCUUGGCUUUAUUCAGGGUUCCAAAUGGCUGCUUCCUCCCCCCAACCCUCAAGUUUAAAAAAGAGAAGUUCAAGUCUAAAAAAGCAUAUAUAAAUUUAUACAUAU